GGCGGCAGGAAGAGGAGCGGUCGCCAUCUUGUUUGUUUGAGUGGCUCGGAGAGGGGGGCGGGGGGAGAACCAGGGACGGGGAGCGGCGGUCCCCCCCAGCGCCCACCCCAGCCGGCGGAGCCCGCGCGGGACUCGAGAAUGAAGAUCUAGAGUGUACAUUCCACACCCAGGGAUUCUCAUUCUGUUUCCAAGAUUGCCAUUCCAGAUCUAGAGCACUCAUUCUACUCCCAGGUCCAUCAUUCUCUGGGCUGUUUUUCCAUAGACAGUUGGCACAAUGUUCUACGCUCACUUUGUCCUGAGCAAGCGAGGGCCGCUGGCCAAAAUCUGGCUGGCGGCCCAUUGGGAUAAGAAGCUAACCAAAGCCCAUGUGUUUGAGUGCAAUUUGGAAAGCAGUGUGGAGAGCAUCAUCUCACCUAAGGUGAAGAUGGCUCUUCGAACUUCAGGACACCUUUUAUUGGGAGUUGUUAGAAUUUACCACAGGAAAGCCAAAUACCUCCUUGCGGAUUGUAAUGAGGCGUUCAUUAAGAUCAAGAUGGCUUUCCGUCCAGGUGUGGUUGAUUUGCCUGAGGAAAACAGAGAAGCUGCAUACAAUGCUAUCACCUUACCUGAAGAGUUUCAUGAUUUUGACCAGCCGUUACCAGACUUAGACGAUAUUGAUGUGGCUCAGCAGUUCAGUUUGAACCAAAGCAGAGUGGAAGAAAUCACAAUGCGAGAAGAAGUGGGCAACAUCAGUAUCCUUCAGGAAAAUGACUUUGGUGACUUUGGAAUGGAUGAUCGUGAAAUGAUGAGAGAAGAUAGUGCAUUUCCUGAUGACAUGCUGGAUAGCACUAGUGCUUCUAACCUUCUCCUGGAGCCUGAACAGAGCACCAGUCAUCUUAACGAGAAACCUAAUCACUUGGAAUAUGACGAACAGUACAAGGAUGACAAUUUUGGAGAGGGAAAUGAUGGUGGAAUCCUGGAUGACAAGCUUCUAAGCAACAAUGAAGGAGGUAUAUUUGAUGACCCACCUGCUCUUUCGGAAGGAGGGGUAAUGAUGCCUGAGCAGCCUCCCCAUGAUGAUUUAGACGACGACGACAAUGUCUCGAUGGGUGGACCAGACAGUCCAGAUUCAGUAGAUCCAGUUGAACCGUUGCCAACUAUGACUGAUCAGACCACUCUGGUUCCGAAUGAAGAAGAAGCGUUUGCUUUGGAGCCCAUUGAUAUAACCGUUAAGGAAACCAAGGCAAAGAGGAAGAGAAAGCUGAUUGUAGACAGUGUAAAAGAACUGGACAGCAAGACUAUCAGAGCCCAACUGAGUGACUACUCAGAUAUAGUUACUACACUGGACUUGGCACCUCCUACUAAGAAAUUAAUGAUGUGGAAAGAAACUGGCGGAGUUGAAAAACUUUUCUCGCUUCCUGCUCAACCUCUGUGGAAUAACCGAUUGUUGAAGCUCUUCACCCGCUGUCUUACACCUCUGGUACCAGAAGAUCUCAGAAAGAGAAGGAAAGGCGGAGAGGCUGAUAAUCUGGAUGAGUUCCUUAAAGACUUUGAGAACCCUGAAGUGCCCCGAGAGGAGAUGCCUCAGCGUAAUGUUAUCGAUGAGCCCAUCUUGGAAGAGCCAAGCCGCCUCCAGGAAUCCAUAAUGGAAGGUAGCAGGACCAACUUGGAUGAAUCGGUCAUGCCACCUCCUCCACCUCAGACUGGUGUAAAGCGAAAGGCUGCGCAAGUGGAACCGGAGCCUGUGCUACCUGCUCAACCAAUGCAGCAGAUCGAAAUGCCUCCAGUGGAACUUCCUCCAGAAGAACCUCAAAACAUUUGCCAGCUAAUUCCAGAGCUGGAGCUCUUGCCUGAAAAAGAGAAGGAAAAAGACAAAGAGAAGGAGGAAGAGGAGGAAGAAGAGGAGGAAGAUGGCACGGGAGGGGAUCAGGAUCAAGAGGAAAGGCGAUGGAACAAGAGGACUCAGCAGAUGCUUCAUGGUCUUCAGAGAGCUCUUGCCAAAACUGGAGCAGAAUCCAUCAGUUUGCUUGAGCUGUGCAGGAAUACAAACCGCAAACAAGCAGCAGCAAAGUUCUACAGUUUCUUGGUACUGAAAAAGCAGCAAGCUAUUGAGCUGACCCAGCAGGAGCCGUACAGUGACAUCAUUGCCACUCCUGGUCCCAGGUUCCAUAUUAUUUGAAGGCUUGGCUUUAUGUAUAGUCAGCUUCGUUAGUGCUUACACAUCGUCCCGUGUGUAGGGCCCGCAAAAGAAGAAACCUAGAUCUUGUUGUCUGUACAAAGUCAAUGGCUUUUGUGUUUUGGGGUUUUCUAUUAAAUUUUACCACUUUUUUCAUGUCUAGUAACUCUGACUACUUGAGUUCCAGUUGCAAUUAAGUGACUUGAGGAGCUUAUAAAGUUUUUUUUUUUUAAAAAAAAACCAUUCAAAACAGAUGUGUGCAAUAUUGGUGCAUGUAACUAUGACUAAUAAAUGGUUUUACAGUUAUCUGGCUAGUAACAUAGAGAGCUGUUUUAAUCUACUCCAAGAGACAAAAAUGGCCAACCUGUUGUCUCAUUAAAAUCUUUGCCAAAUGUGUCUAAAAUAUGCUGUCUCUUCCUCAUGGUAGUGAAUUUUUUUCUUCCCUAAACUCCUUUCAUCAUUUAACAUGGUUUCUGAUGGCACCCUUGGAGCUGCCGUUAUGAAUGUUAGUGCCUGGCAGGAGUCCUUGCUGUGCCAUGGUGGUAACUGGAGAAUAUAGGGUUCAAGCAGCUCUAAAUGGCUGGCUGUAGGGGAAAAAAAUUAUUUUAAAACGAAUUGGAUCCUCUCUAAGCACAAAAGAUGAAACUUUCCAUAUGCUGGAUAUUACAUUCCUUAUUGUGGUCCAUUUCUGAUGUAACUAGUUGUAAGCAUACAACUAAGCAGCCAAUUACAGCUAACUUUUUUUGGUUGAAUCCAGAAUUCUUGAGCAUUCUAAACUUUUUGGAGAGCUGUGUAGAAAUGCCAUACUUCUAGACUGCGAACAAUUUGGUCUAAGAAAGCUAGAUAUUUGGUUGGAGUUUGAGCAAGUUGCAUUUGUAAAAGUUAUGCAGAACACCACUGGCCCAGAGAGGACAGCAAGUUACAGAUGUAUAUUUUAGAGAUAGGUGAACUUAAAUUUAUCAGACAUAAUCUUGUGUUAUUAAUUAAUCUCUCAUGAACAUUAUGGCUUCUGUAACUUUAUUUUCCAAUAAUGCACACUCCUGAAGCCCUUUGCAAAUCAUGUCCAGUUUGGAUUUACUAUAAAAAAUAACAGCUUUACUGUUAGGAUCAGGUUACCAGAAAUUAUGUGAAUAUAUUGAUGAUAAAUUUCAGCUUUUUAAAGGGCAAAAUUACACAAAUGAUAAAGGUUCUGGUUUUAAAUGUUGGCACUUUUGUGAAAUGAUUUUCAUUCUGGGACUGAGGUUUCAGUAUAUUCCCCAAGUGUAAAAUUAUGUGAAUGUUUUAAAAUUUGCAACAUGUUUUAAUAGUCCUUGAGAAAGUUAAUUGUAUAAAAUAGUUACCACAGCUUUAUUUUUGACAUGUGCCUGUACAACCAUGAUUUCCCCCCUUUUUGUACAAAGAGACAUUGUAGAUAACUUGAAUGUUUAAUUAUAGAGGAGGUCAUUAGUUUCUUGUUAAAGUUUGUUUAGUCUGGUUUUGUUGCUUUUCAAGGUUAAUAUUCUUGAAAAUCGUUGCUGUUAUGUAUAACUUUUCUAAUAAAAGUUGUGUUAUAAGCUGUCUUAA